AUGGUCCGUGAGCGUUAUGGACAAAAGAUCAAGGGACAGAGAGCAUGUGAUCUUCGCCGCCUACUACGACAAGAGUACAGCCUCCAUGUCAGCUAUUGGAAGGCUUGGAGAGCGCGGGAAAUUGCUAUUGACGAUGCUUUGGGAGGGGCUGCAGCAAGCUUUGCGCUGGUCACGCCUUACUUUGAGAAAAUGCUCACAAGGAACCCUAACUCAGUAGUUGCUCUGGAGACUGAGACUUCGCAAACUGGAGUCGUCCGUUUCAAAUAUCUAUUCUAUUCUUUGGAUGCUUGUGCUCAGGGAUAUCGUUACAUGAGAAAGGUAAUUGUGAUAGAUGCUACACACUUGAGUGGACGGUAUGGCGGUUGCCUCAUGGCCGCUAGUGCCCAAGAUGGUAAUUUCCAAGUCUUUCCGAUAGGGUUUGGAAUCGUCAACAUUGAAAAUGAUGAGUCAUGGGAAUGGUUCCUGAGGAAGCUAAGCACCAUUGUUCUAGACGAGCAUGACUUAGUUUUUGUCUCAGACCGCCAUCCUUCAAUCUAUGCUAGUAUUCGUAAGGUGUAUCCCAUGUCUUCCCACGGUGCGUGCAUUGUCCAUUUACAAAGGAAUGUCGUGACACAUUUCAAAUCGGACCACCUCAGCCACCUUACCUCUGUAGUUGGGCGAGCUUAUCGUUUUAGCGACUUUGAGAAAGCAUUUAUGGAGAUAAAGGCGAUUGAUGAAUCGUUGAACAAAGUGAUGACCAUGGUGAGGGAAUACCCUAUAAUUUCUAUUUUGGAAACCAUUAGGACGACACUGGUGUCCUGGUUUGCACUUAGAAGGGAGUCUGCAAACACUGAGACCGACGUGGUAAACCCAAAGAUACAAGAGAUGCUUAUUGAAAGUUUCCACAAGUCCUCAGGAUACUUUGUCAUGAAAAUAGGAAAUGGCCUAUAUGAGGUGUGGGACGAGGUUGAAACUGCUUUCGCUGUGAAUCUUUCGGAACGAACUUGCACUGCAGCCAUCCGUGAAGGCAUCCAGGUAGAUAGUUUAGUCGACAUACACUACUCCAAUGAAUACCGAAAGCUGGCAUACAAAGGACUUAUUAUGCCGGUGCCUGAUAUGGACCACCUCGCACCAAACCCCGAUGAUGUAGGAGGUGGGAAGCUUGCACCACCAUCGGUUCGUCGUCCCCCAGGCCGACCACGGAAACAGAACUCGAGGGGAAUUCAAGCGUGUGUCAAGAAGGAAGUGCACAAGGUGCAGGGGACGUGGGCACAACCGUUCUACCUGCAAAGCUCCAUUGCCGGGUGA